AUGGAUGGCAUUAUGGUGUUGGAAAUGGAGUCGGAAGAGCAGAGCUUAUGGCUGUUUAUGAAGUGGUUGGCGAUAGAUGGGGUCUGGCUUUUUGGCUUGCCAGGACUACGGAUACCAUGGCUGGAAUGGAGCUCUACGACAAUGGUGCUGUUAUUUCUGGGACACGCUAUGGCGGACGGGAUGAUGAUGUUCAGGAUACCUCUGCCGAUUAUGGCUGGUCUGGGUUUGGUCAGUCGGAGUGUGUUGGGUGCAUACGAGACCGCGAUCAACGAGAGGAAUGUCAACCCACGGGCAAUCGAAUUCAACGAAUCUCUUAUCCUGGGUCGACAGAUCAUCCAUAUCCUGCCAGAAGGAACGGCAGUACUGAACUCUGAGAAACAUUCAUACUGCCUGGACAAUUCGAGAUCUGAGAUAAAGCUGCCCAUCACCAUAAAUGCUACGAACCCGAUCAGCAUGGACAUUGUACGGGUCGACUUGGACACACAAGCAAACGAAACCUUACACAUCAGCAAAUCGCAGCUCAAGUCUAUGCACAAGGAGGCGUCUCGUAUGAAGAAUUAUGGUCAGCAUUUACAUGAGCCGAAAACGCUGUAUUACACGAUCAAGAAGCCGGGACUGUAUUCGCUGGCAAAGGUCGUCGAUGAGUCAAAUCUGGAGGUGGCGCGGAGACACAAGGUGCAGACCGUCGUGGUGGCGUGUCCUCGUGUCAGCAUCCUCGAUGCGGCAUCAGACAAAUGCAAAGGUGAAUUGUCAAGCGUUGAAUUCGAGGUUGUCGGUACGCCGCCCUUGCGCGUGAAGUAUCGCAAGCAAGUCAACCAGCAGGCGCAGGAGGCGACAUUCGAGAACAUUCAGCCAGAUGAUUUUGUGUCUCCUUUGGCUGGUGGUGACCGGCAAACAGCAAUGACGCUUUCGAGCAGUGGUGAAGCUGAAUGGGCCAGAUCACGCAAAGUGUUGUUCCCGAUCACGGAAGGUAUGAGCACUGCAGGCGAGUGGACGUAUGCUGUGACGGAAGUUGAGGAUGGUUUCGGCAACAGAGUCAUGUACUCUGACCAUGACCAUGAAAACCGUCGAGCCAAGUCGCCACGCCUGCACCGGCAAAUUACGGUGCACGAGCGGCCAACUGUUCAGCUACAUGGCUGCACACCGCAGCAGCCGAUGAAAGUGGCGCAAGGCAGCUCAGCACGCUUGCCUGUGCAGCUUGGGUCGAGUGGACGAGGUGUCAUUGCUGGCACUCAAUACCAUGUCGACUACGUCUUCAGCCCGCAGAACGAUAUCUCUGCGACUGGCGAGCAUGGUAGUAUAACCCAGCAACGGCGAGAGUCGCUCAAGGAUGCUGGUCAAAGCUUGCUGAUCCAGGAGCCUGGCUUGUACACUGUCACGGGCGUCUCGACCGACUUCUGCAAGGGCGAAGUGUAUGAGCCGGCAUCGUGUCUGUUGCAGAACCCGCCACAACCGCAGCUGGCUAUCAGCAGCGAAGAGAUCUCAGACAAGUGCGCAGGCAGCCCUAUUGGCUUGCGCGUGGCGUUCGAUUUACUAGGAACGCCGCCAUUCGAUGUCAAGUAUACAGUACAGAAACAUCCCGAUCGACACCACAUCACCGAGAUUGAAUAUGUCAACGGACUGCGUGGGCAGAUCGAGCUGACGCCUAAGACUGCUGGCGACUACACAUACGAGUUCGUGGAGGUCAGCGAUGCUGUAUACAAGAAACAACCAUUGAAGGGAAUGAAGAUUCAGCAGAGCGUCAAGCCUGCUGCGUCCGCAAGCUUUGUCCACAGACAAGACAAGAAGGUCGCAUGUAUUGACGAGACUGCUUCUUUUGACGUUCGCCUGGAUGGCGAAGGUCCUUUCACUUUGGAGUACGAGCUUGUGCACAAUGGCAAGCGAGCUCAGUACUCUGUCAAAGACAUAGAGGAGAGGCAGAUCACCUUGAGCACUGAGCAGCUACGUGACGGUGGUGACUAUACACUUGCGCUGGUCAGCGUCACCGAUCGCAUGCAGUGUAAGGAGUUCUUGAAGGAGGAGGCGAAGAUAGCGGUGCGACACCAGAAGCCGAGGGUUGGCUUCGGCCAGAUCGAGGGCCGUCGUACGGUUGAUACUCUGGAAGGCAAGCAGGUCCAGCUACCAUUGCGCUUGGCUGGUGAAGCACCCUGGACCGUCACAUACGUGGACAAGCACAGCCGGCAGCAGAGCAAGACUGUGACAAACCCUAACGAUCGUCUGGCCGUAUCAGAGGAAGGUUUGUAUCAGCUGCUAGAUGUCAAGGACCAAUUCUGUCCUGGCCAAGUCGACGAUCUUGCGAACACGUUCGAAGUGAAUUGGAUAGCACGACCAGAGCUGAGGAUACCUCCUACAGAGGACAGUGAGUGCAAGGGUGACAUUGUCAUCAAGAAUGACAUCUGCGAAGGUACGGAUGAUGCUGUCGAGGUAUUGUUCAAGGGAUCACCACCGUAUCAUGCAACGUACGUUGAGCACGUCAAGCCCGAUCGUGGUGCGAUGGCGCCGAAGAACAAAGAGCUCCGCGCUGCUCUCAAUGUCGCAAACAUGCGGCUCGACACCGCCCAAGCUGGUCUGUACGAGUACAAAUUCAACAAGCUAGAAGAUGCGAACUACGAUCACAACAACAAAUACUUCACGCCUAUCACCGUCCAGCAACGUGUGCAUCCUCGACCAUCUGUCGCUUUCGCCAACCCCGGCAAGACGUACAGCUAUUGCUCAGUCGAGUCAGAUGGUGAAGAGGUCAUCCCAAUCAAUUUUCACGGCGCACCACCUUUCGAUGUCGAAGUUGAGAUCAAGCAUCACAGCACUGGCAAAGCUGAGACUAUUCCGCUCAAUGCCAUCACGACACACACUCACCACCUACGCAUCCCGCAUAGUCGUGUCCAGCUCGGUCGCUCUGCCAUCUCUUUGCGCCGAGUGAGCGAUAGCCGUGGCUGCAGCCGAACUCUGGACAGCACCACCCCUCGCGUCCAGAUCUCGGUCUUCGACGCUCCCUCCAUAUCGCCCCUGGAAGCGCAGACCGACUUCUGCGUCGGCGAUCGCCUGAACUUCGCCUUGUCUGGCGUGGCACCCUUCAACAUCUUCUAUAACUUCGAAGGCGCGAACCGCAAGGCCCAGGCCACGAGUACCACUUUCCGGCGCCUAGCAGAGAAACCCGGUACUUUCACUGUGACGGGCGUCCAGGACAACGCCUCUCAGUGCCGCGCCUCGACGAAUCUGACCGCGCAUAUCCACGCCAUGCCAUCCGUCCGCGUCUCUCACGGCCGAGAGUCUUACGUCGAUAUCCAUGAGGGAGGCGAGACGGAAAUCCUGUUCGAGUUUGGAGGGGUGCCGCCUUUCGAGUUCACCUAUACCCGAUCUUCGAACACGGAGAAGGGUGGGAAGAGGAAGGGCGUUAUUCUGGACAUGAGGCAUGAGGUGUCUGAUGACUAUAGCCUGAGGGUCAAGGCGAGCGAGGAGGGAACAUAUGAGGUUGUGGCUAUCAGGGAUAAGUAUUGUGCUUAUGCUAAGCCUGGCGUCGAGGUCAAUUGGAGAGAGGCGCAGAAGAGGCUGCAAUAUUAG